AUGGCUAACCCUGGUGCACUUUGUUGUUCCAUUACCUUGCAAGCAUUUACUUUCUUAUCUUUGCUUGCAGCUGUGGUAGCAGAUCUCCAGGGAGGUGACGGGUGCCCACAUUUCUCGUGUGGACGUCUCCGAAACAUAUCUUAUCCAUUCCGCCGUCGAGGUGAUCCACCUGGAUGCGGUUCUAAGUACUAUGAACUGGAGUGCAGCAAUAGCCAUGCAAAAAUCCGCAUUGGCAAUGCGGAGUACUAUGUGGUUGGCAUCAACUAUAAUGAUUCAUCCUUCUGGGCCAUCGACACUAUCUUUGAUACGAAAAGAGGCUGCCUUCUUCCUUGCUACUCUUACCCGGAGGGGAUGGUUGAUUCACAUGGCCUUGACAUUUUGGAGGUUGAAUUAUUCCCUUCGGCAUGCUUUGUUAAUUGUUCGCGAGCCAUAACGAAAAAUAGUUGGUACAAGCCUGUUGCCUGCCUGAGUGCAAACAAUUCAUUUGUUUAUGUCUGGGCUGGUUAUUGUGACAUCUUACAUCUUGAGCAUUCCUGUGGAUACUUAGCCAUGACACCCUUUGAUGGUUCCUCAAUCCUAGACAAACAGCUACAGAAUGUGUCAAUCCGAGACAAACAGCUACAGAAUGUAAGUUACGCAGAUAUCAUGCACUUGACAAGGAAGGGAUUUCCUGUUAGCUUUCCUGUUGAUGGUAGACUCGACAGGCUUUCGAAGAUCAUCAAAGAAUGCCUGCACAAUUCAACAAGCGAUUUCAGGAAGCAAGUAUCUCCUGCAAACAUGAUGAGUCAGAUUCGUGCUUUCUUCUGGAGUGAGUUACAGUUCUUAAAAUGCUUAAAAGGUUCUCAUGCACUAUCAACAACGCAUAUCAUGUAUGUGGAGGUUAGAGCCAUAAUAUCCGCUAUUGAUAUCCCCAAAUUCCUUGUUGUACUAUGCAGGUUUGUGCUGGCGCCCCUGGCUGUAUUGAUCUUCCUUGCAUACACGUAUUGGAAAACAAAGAUUACAAUUGAUGCAGUUGAGAAGUUUCUUCGGAUGCAACAAAUGAUCGGGCCGAUGAGAUACGUCUACACCGACAUCAUUGCAAUCACAGGCCACUUCAGAGACAAGCUAGGCCAAGGUGGCUAUGGCUCUGUGUUCAAGGGCGUGCUACUGCCAGGCAAUGUUCAUGUUGCCAUCAAGAUGCUAGAGGGCAGCUCCAACUGCAAUGGAGAAGACUUCAUCAGUGAAGUCUCCACCAUCGGCAGGAUCCACCACAUCAAUGUGGUCCGUCUUGUGGGGUUCUGCUCAGAUGAAAUGAGAAGGGCGCUCGUCUACGAGUACAUGCCUCGAGGUUCUCUUGACAAGUACAUCUUCUUGGCCGAGAAGAGUUUUUCUUGGGACAAGCUCAAUGAGAUUGCUUUGGGCAUUGCCCGAGGGAUUGAUUACUUGCAUCGAGGUUGUGAUAUGCAGAUUCUCCACUUUGACAUCAAGCCGCACAACAUCCUUCUAGACAGCAAUUUUGUCCCAAAAGUUGCUGAUUUCGGUCUCGCCAAACUGUACCCAAGGGACAAGAGUUUUGUGCCAUCGAGAGCUCUACGGGGAACUGUUGGAUACAUAGCUCCUGAGAUGAUAUCUCGGAGUUUUGGGGUCAUAUCGAGCAAGUCUGAUGUUUACAGCUUUGGGAUGCUGCUGUUGGAGAUGGCUGGAGGAAGAAGGAACGCCGAUCCGAAUGCAGCGAACUCGAGCCAAGCAUACUACCCGUCAUGGGUGUAUGAUAGACUAACUGAACAAGAAGUGUGUGAGAUAUCUCCCGUUGCUGACAUGCAUGAGUUGGAGAGGAAGCUGUGCAUCGUUGGACUAUGGUGCAUCCAGAUGAAGUCUAAUGACAGGCCGACGAUGAGCGAGGUCAUAGAGAUGCUGGAAGGUGGCUUCGAUGGCCUGCAGAUGCCUUCCAGGCCAUUCUUCUGCGACGACGAGCACACCGCUGUUCCGGAUUCUUACCCUUUGUUAUCUGAGCUGACCGAGAUCUCGGAGGAGGAUGAGAUCUCAGAUUCUUAUGUUUCCCGGGUCCUAUGA